AACUGACCACCCAACCUCCAGGGUGAUUGACGGGCGUGACUUGAUGCCCCUGCUGCUGGGCCAUGUACACCGCUCUGAGCAUGAAUUCCUGUUCCACUACUGCAAUGCCUACCUCAGCGCUGUUCGAUGGCGGCCCCACAACAGCUCGUCCGUGUGGAAGGCGUUUUACUUCACACCGAACUUCGACCCCCCAGGCUCUAAUGGCUGCUUCUCCACACACGUGUGCAUGUGCCACGGCCACCAUGUCACGCACCAUGAUCCACCCCUGCUCUUCGACAUUGCCCGUGACCCCAGGGAGCGCCACCCGCUCACGCCUGAAACAGAGCCGCGCCAUGGUGAGAUCCUGCGCAUCAUGGAUGCUGCUGCCCGUGCUACACGUGCCACCCCAGAGGAGGUGCCCAAUCAGCUCUCCAUGUCAAAUGUCGCAUGGAAGCCAUGGCUGCAGCUCUGCUGUGCCUCCAAGCCGCACCCACUCGCAUGCCACUGUGCCGGUGAUGGGUAAGUUGGGCAUGCCAAACACACAGGUAUGCAAGCAUGGGACACUGUGGCCUGGUGAUUUCACCUCCUGAACUGAUACCUGACACAAUCUUGCUGACAUGUAUUAAAACAUAUGAACAUGUAUGAACAUGGGUAUGCUGAGUACAAAACACAGGAAGAGCCCCUCAGCAUGACCCUGUAUGAAUAAAUGGUGUGGACACGGA